GGAAGGUUAAGCGGGCACCGCGCAGUGUGAGGACGCAAGCGAGAGGCAGAGCGAAGGUGUGAGGAGGGAGGACCGGCGGGGACCGCAAAGUGCGUGCGGAUGUCGGUGUCCCCGCGACUAGGGAUGCCCUCUGCAUCUUUAUUAGUAAAUCUUCUUUCAGCUUUAUUCAUCUCUUUUGUGUUGGGAGAAACAGAAAUAAGGUUUGCCAGACAAACAGAAUUUAUAGUUAAUGAAACAAGUACAACAGUUAUUCGUCUAGUCAUCGAAAGGAUAGGAGAGCCAGCAAAUGUCACUGCAAUCGUAUCGCUACAUGGAGAUGACACUGGUGACUUUUUUGACACAUAUGCUGCAGCUUUUAUACCUGUUGGAGAAACAAAUAGGACAGUGUACAUAGCAGUAUGUGAUGAUGACUUACCAGAGCCUGAUGAAACUUUUAUUUUUCACUUAACAUUACAGAAACCUUCAGCAAACGUGAGGCUUGGAUGGCCAAGGACUGUUACUGUGACAAUAUUAUCAAAUGACAACGCAUUUGGAAUUAUUUCAUUUAAUAUGCCUUCCUCAGUCACAGUGAGCGAGCCUCGGGGCAGGAAUGACUUGGUGCCUCUUACUCUCAUCAGAGAAAAAGGAACCUAUGGAAUGGUCGCCGUGACUUUUGAGGUAGAGGGUGGCCCUAAUUCACCAGAAGAAGAUUUGGGUCCAGUUAAAGGAAAUAUCACCUUUCCCCCUGGCAGAGCAACAGUGGUUUAUAACUUGACAGUACUUGAUGAUGAGGUACCAGAAAAUGAUGAAAUAUUUUUGAUUCAACUGAAAAGUGUAGAAGGAGGAGCUGAGAUCAACACCUCUAGGAGCUCCAUUGAGAUUGUCAUUAAGAAAAAUGAUAGUCCCGUGAGAUUCAUUCAGAGUGUUUAUUUGGUACCCGAAGAAGACCAUAUACUCAUGAUUCCAGUGGUUCGUGGAAAAGAUGACAAUGGAAACCUGAUUGGAUCUGAUGAAUAUGAAGUUUUGAUCAGUUAUGUUAUUAUAACUGGGAAUUCAACAGCACAUGCCCAGCAAAAUUUAGACUUCAUUGAUCUUCAGCCAAACACAACUAUUGUUUUUCCACCUUUUAUUCAUGAAUCACACCUGACGUUUCAGAUAGUUGAUGACACCAUACCAGAGAUUGCUGAAUCAUUUCACAUUAUGUUACUAAAAGAUACCUUACGGGGCGAUGCUGUGCUACUAAGCCCUUCUAUUGUACAAGUCACCAUUAAGCCAAAUGACAAACCUUAUGGAGUCCUCUCAUUCAACAGUGUCUUGUUUGAAAGGACAGUUAUAAUUGAUGAAGAUACAACAUCAAGAUUUGAAGACAUUACAGUGGUUAGAAAUGGUGGCACCCAUGGGAAUGUUUCUGUGAAGUGGGUAUUGACACGGAAUAGCAGUGAUCCCUCACCGGUAGAGACAGACAUCAGACCAAGUUCUGGAGUGCUCCAUUUUGCACAAGGGCAAAUGUUGGCAUCAGUUCCUCUUACUGUUGUUAAUGAUGAUUUUCCAGAAGAGGCAGAAGGUUAUCUACUUCAGAUUCUUCCUCAUUCAAUACGAGGAGGUGCAGAAGUGAGCGAACCAGCAGAGCUUUUGUUCUACAUUCAGGAUAGUGAUGAUGUUUAUGGCCUACUGACAUUUUUUCCUAUGGAAAACCAGAAGAUUGAAAGCAGCCCAGGUGAAAGAUACUUAUCUUUGAGUUUUACAAGACUAGGAGGAACUAAAGGAGAUGUGAGGGUGUUUUAUUCUGCACUUUAUAUUCCUGCUGGAGCUGUGGACCCUUCUGAAGCAAAAAAUGGCAUCCUAAAUAUAUCCAAGGGAAAUAAUCUCAUUUUUCCAGAACACAAAACCCAAGUCACUACAAAAUUACUAAUAAGAAAUGAUGCAUUUCUUCAAAAUGGGGCCCACUUCCUAGUACAGUUGGAAACUGUGGAGUUGGUGACCAUAAUCCCCCCAAUCCCACCUGUAAGUCCUAGAUUUGGGGAAAUCCGAAAUAUUUCUUUGGUGGUUACUCCGGACAUUGCAAAUGGAGAAAUUGGCUUUAUUAGCAAUCUUCCAAUCAUUUUGCCUGAACCAGAAGAUUCCUCUGCUGAAACAGUAUACAUUCCCUUACAUCGGGAUGGAACUGAUGGCCAGGCUUCUGUCUAUUGGAGUUUGAAGCCCUCAGGCUUUAAUUCAAAAGCAGUGACCCAGGACGAUAUAGGUCCCUUUAAUGGCUCUGUUGUAUUUUUAUCUGGGCAAAGUGAUACAACAAUCAACAUUACUAUCAAAGCUGAUGACAUACCGGAAAUGAAUGAGGUGGUAACACUUUCUCUAGACAGGGUCAGUGUGGAAAAUCAAGUGCUGAAAUCUGGCUAUACCAGCUGUGAUCUAAUUAUUUUGGAAAAUGAUGAUCCUGGGGGAAUUUUUGAAUUUUCUCCUGCUUCCAGAGGACCGUAUCUUAUAAAUGAAGGAGAUUCUGUAGAGCUCCACAUCAUUCGAUCCAGGGGAGCUCUAGUUAAGCAGUUUCUACGCUACUGGGUAGAGCCAAGAGACAGCAAUGAAUUCUAUGGAAACACAGGGGUAUUAGAAUUUAAACCUGGGGAAAGAGAGAUCAUAAUCACCUUGCUAACAAGAUUGGAUAGGAUACCAGAGUUGGAUGAACGCUAUUGGGUAGUCCUCAGCAGCCAUGGUGAACGGGAGAGCAAACUGGGAAGUGCUACCGUUGUCAAUAUAACGAUUCUAAACAAUGAUGAUCCUCAUGGGAUUAUAGAAUUUGUUCCUGAUGGUCUAAUUGUUACGAUAAAUGAAAGUAAAGGAGACGAUACCUAUAGUGCUGUUUAUGGUAUAAUAAGAAAUCGAGGCAACUUUGGUGAUGUUAGUGUAUCAUGGGUGGUUAGUCCAGACUUGACACAAGAUGUGUUUCCCAUCCAAGGAACUAUUUUCUUUGGAGAUCAGGAAUUUUCAAAAAAUAUCACCAUUUACUCCCUUCCAGAUGAGAUUCCAGAGGAAAUGGAGGAAUUUACCAUUACCCUACUUAAUGCCACUGGAGGAACUAAAAUAGGAAAUAAGACUACUGCAACUCUGAGGAUUAGAAGAAAUGAUGACCCCAUUUAUUUUGCAGAGCCUCAUGUAGUGAGGGUUCAGGAAGGUGAGACUGCUGACUUUACAGUUCUCAGAAAUGGAUCUGUUGAUGUUGCUUGCACCGUCCAAUAUGCUACCAUGGAUGGGAAGGCUACCGCAAGAGAGGGAGACUUUCUUCCUGUUGAAAAAGGAAAAAUGCUUGUUUUUGCGGUCGGAAGUAGAGAGCAGAGAAUAUCUGUAUUCAUUAAUGAAGAUGAUAUCCCAGAAACAGAUGAACACUUUUAUAUAAUCCUCUUUAAUUCAACAGGUGAUACAGUAGUGUAUCGGUAUGGAAUAGCUACAGUGAUCAUUGAAACAAAUGAUGACCCAAAUGGUAUUUUUUCUUUGGAGCCCAUAGACAAAGCAGUAGAAGAAGGAAAGACUAAUGCAUUUUGGAUUUUGAGGCACCGAGGACAUUUUGGCAAUGUUUCUGUGGCUUGGCAGCUGUUUCAGAAUGAUUCUGCUUUGCAACCUGGACAAGAGUUCUAUGAAACUUCAGGGACUGUAAACUUUAUGGAUGGAGAAGGAGCCAAACCAAUAAUUCUCUAUGCUUUUCCAGAUAAAAUUCCUGAAUUCAAUGAGUUUUAUAUUUUAAAGCUUGUAAAUAUUUCAGGUGGGUCUCCUGGUUUUGGGGGCCAACUAGCAGGAACCAAUCUCCAGGUGACAGUAAUGAUUUCCUUCAAUGAUGAUCCCUUUGGAGUUUUCCUUUUGGAUCCAGAGUGCUUAGAGAGAGAAGUGGCAGAAGAUGUUCUCUCAGAAGAUGAUAUGUCUUAUAUCACCAACUUUACCAUUCUGAGGCAGCAGGGUGUCUUUGGAGAUGUACGUGUAGGCUGGGAAAUACUGUCUAGUGACUUCACUGCUGGUUUGCCUCCAAUGAUAGAUUUUUUAUUGGUUGGGGUUUUCCCCAGCACUGUGCAUUUACAACCGCACAUGCGGCGUCACCAUAGUGGAACAGAUGCUUUGUACUUCAGUGGACUGGAGGGUGCAUUUGGAACUGUGAAUCCAAAAUACCAUCCCUCCAAGAACAACUCAAUUGCCAACUUUACAUUUUCAGCUUGGGUAAUACCCAAUGCCAAUACAAAUGGAUUUGUUAUAGCAAAAGAUGAUGGUAAUGGAAGCAUCUAUUAUGGGGUACAAAUUCAAACAAAUGAAUCCCACGUGACACUUUCCCUUCAUUACAAAACUUUGGGUUCCAACACUACCUAUAUUGCCAAGACAACAAUCACGAAAUAUUUAGAAGAAAAUAUUUGGCUUCAUCUUCUAAUUAUCCUGGAUGAUGGUAUAAUUGAAUUCUACCUUGAUGGGCAUGCAAUGCCCAGAGGAAUCAGGAGCCUGAAAGGAGAAGCCAUUACUGAUGGUCCUGGAACACUGAGAGUCGGGGCAGGAAUGAAUGGCAAUGACAGAUUCACAGGUCUGAUGCAGGAUGUGAGGUUCUAUGAGCGGAAACUGACCCUUGAAGAAAUUUAUGAACUUCAUGCCAUGCCAGCAAAGAGUGAUUUACACCCUGUUUCUGGGUAUCUGGAGUUCAGACAGGGAGAAACUAACAAAUCAUUCAUUAUUUCUGCAAGAGAUGACAAUGAAGAGGAAGGAGAAGAGUUAUUCAUCCUUAAACUAGUCUCUGUAUAUGGAGGAGCUCGUAUUUCUCAAGAGAAUACCACAGCAAGAUUAAUAAUACAGAAAAGUGACAAUGCCAAUGGCUUGUUUGGUUUCACAGGAGCUUGUAUACCAGAGAUUGCAGAGGAGGGAUCUACCAUUUCAUGUGUGGUGGAGCGAACCAGAGGAGCUCUGGAUUAUGUGCAUGUUUUUUACACCAUUUCACAGAUCGAGUCUGAUGGCAUUAAUUACCUUGUUGAUGAUUUUGCUAAUUCUAGUGGAACUAUCACAUUCCUUCCUUGGCAGAGAUCAGAGGUCCUGAAUAUAUAUGUUCUUGAUGAUGGUAUUCCUGAGCUUAAUGAGUAUUUCCGUGUGACAUUGGUUUCUGCAAUUCCUGGAGAUGGAAAAUUAGGUUCAACUCCCACCAGUGGUGCAAGCAUAGAUCCUGAAAAGGAAACGACGGAUAUCACCAUCAAAGCUAGUGAUCAUCCAUACGUGACUGAACUCUUUAGGGUUGAUGGAAGUGGUAGUGGUGAUGGGGACAUGGAAUUCUUCCUUCCAACUAUUCACAGACGUGCCAGUCUAGGAGUGGCUUCCCAAAUUCUAGUGACAAUUGCGGCCUCUGACCAUGCUCAUGGUGUAUUUGAAUUUAGCCCUGAGUCACUGGUUGUCAGCGGAACUGAACCAGAAGAUGGAUACAGCACCGUUAUAUUAAAUAUUAUGAGACGUCAUGGAGCUCUGUCUCAAGUGGCUUUGCUUUGGAGCAUAGACUCUGAUCCUGAUGGUGAUCUUGACUUCACGUCUGGCAACGUCACAUUUGAAAUUGGGCAAAAUAGUGCCAAUAUCACAGUGGAAAUACUGCCGGAUGAAAACCCCGAACUGGAUAAGACAUUCUCUGUGUCAAUCCUCAGUGUGUCCAGUGGCUCUUUGGGAUUUCAUACUAAUGCCACAUUGAUAGUUUUGGCUAGUGAUGAUCCUUAUGGGGUCUUCAUCUUUUCUGAGAAAAAUAGACCUAUUGAAGUUGAGGAAAGAACUCAGAACAUCACAUUGUCAAUAAUAAGGUUAAAAGGCCUCAUGGGAAAAGUCAUAGUCACAUAUGCAACAUUGGAUGAUAUGGAAAAACUGCCUUAUUUUCCACCAAAUUUAGCCAGAGCAACUCAAGGAAAGGACUAUGUACCAGCUUCUGGAUUUGCUCUUUUCAGCGCCAAUCAGAGUGAGGCAACAAUAACUAUUUCAAUUUUGGAUGAUGAUGAACCGGAAAGGUCAGAGUCUGUGUUUAUUGAACUACUCAACUCUACCUUAAUAGAGAAAGUACAGAAUCGUCCAAUUCCAAAUUCUCCACGCCUUGGGCCUAAGGUAGAGACUAUAGCUCACCUAAUUAUAAUUGCCAACGAUGAUGCAUUUGGAACUCUUCAGCUUUCAGCGCCACUUGUUCGAGUGGCAGAAAAUCAUGUUGGACCCAUUAUCAAUGUAACUAGAACGGGAGGAGCAUUUGCAGAUGUUUCUGUGAAGUUCAAAGCUGUGCCAAUAACUGCAAUAGCUGGUGAAGAUUACAGCAUAGCUUCAUCAGAUGUGGUCCUGCUAGAAGGGGAAACCAGUAAAGCUGUGCCAAUAUAUAUUAUUAAUGAUAUUUACCCUGAGCUGGAAGAAUCUUUUCUUGUACAACUCCUGAAUGAAACAACAGGAGGAGCCAAACUAGGGGCGUUAACAGAGGCGGUCAUUAUUAUUGAGGCCUCUGAUGACCCCUAUGGAUUAUUUGGUUUUCAGGUUACUAAACUUAUUGUAGAGGAACCUGAGUUUAACUCAGUGAAGGUAAACCUGCCAAUAAUUCGAAAUUCUGGGACACUCGGCAAUGUUACUGUUCAGUGGGUUGCCACCAUUAAUGGACAGCUUGCUACUGGCGACCUGCGAGUUGUCUCAGGUAAUGUGACCUUUGCCCCUGGGGAAACCAUUCAAACCUUGUUGUUAGAGGUCCUGGCUGACGACGUUCCGGAGAUUGAAGAGGUUAUCCAAGUGCAACUGGCUGAUGCCUCUGGUGGAGGUACUAUUGGGUUAGAUCGAGUGGCAAAUAUUUUUAUUCCUGCCAAUGAUAAUCCUUAUGGUACAGUAGCCUUUGUUCAGUCGGUUUAUCGUGUUCAAGAGCCUCUGGAGCGAAGUUCCUGUGCUAACAUAACUGUCAGGAGAAGCGGAGGGCACUUUGGUCGGCUGUUGUUGUUCUACAGUACUUCCGAUAUUGAUGUAGUGGCUCUUGCAGUUGAGGAAGGUCAAGAUUUACUGUCCUACUAUGAAUCGCCAAUUCAAGGGGUACCUGACCCGCUUUGGAGAACUUGGGUGAAUGUCUCUGCAAUGGGCAAACCCCAGUAUACUUGUGCUACUUUGUGCCUCAAAGAACACGCGUGCUCAGCAUUUUCAUUUUUCAGCGCUUCUGAGGGUCCACAGUGUUUUUGGAUGACAUCGUGGAUCAGUCCAACUGUUAACCACUCAGACUUCUGGACCUACAGGAAAAACAUGACCAGGGUAGCGUCUCUUUUUAGCAGUCAGGCUGUGGUUGGUAGUGACUAUGAGCCUGUGACAAGGCAAUGGGCCAUAAUGCUGGAAGGUGAUGAAUUUGCAAAUCUCACAGUUUCUGUUCUUCCUGAUGAUUUCCCAGAGAUGGAUGAGAGUUUCCUAAUUUCUCUCCUUGAAGUUCACCUCAUGAACAUCACAGCCAGUGUUGAAAACCAGCCAACCAUAGGACAGCCAAAUACUUCUACAGUUGUCAUAGCAUUAAAUGGUGAUGCCUUUGGAGUGUUUGUGAUCUACAGUAUUAAUCCCAAUACCUCAGAAGAUGGCUUAUAUGUCGAAGUACAGGAGCGGCCCCAAACCAUAGUGGAGCUGAUGAUCCAUAGGACAGUGGGCAGCUUAGGUCAGGUGACAGUUGAAUGGCGUGUUGUUGGUGGAACUGCCACUGAAGGUUUAGAUUUUAUAGGUGCUGGAGACACUCUGACUUUUGCUGAAGGUGAAACCAAAAAGACAGCCAUUUUAACCAUUUUGGAUGACUCUGAGCCAGAGGACGACGAAAGCAUCAUAGUUAGUUUGGUGUACACUGAAGGUGGAAGUAGAAUUUUGCCCAGCUCCGACACUGUUAGAGUGAACAUUUUGGCCAAUGACCAUGUGGCAGGAAUCGUUAGCUUUCAGACAGCUUCCAGAUCUGUCAUAGGCCACGAAGGAGAAAUUUUACAAUUUCAUGUGAUAAGAACACCCCCUGGUCGAGGAAAUGUUACUGUUAAUUGGAAAAUUACUGGACAUAACCUAGAACUCAAUUUUGCUAACUUUACUGGACAACUCUUCUUUUCUGAGGGGUCAUUGAAUAAAACAAUAUUUGUGCAUUUGUUGGAUGACAACAUUCCUGAAGAGAAAGAAGUAUACCAAGUCAUUCUGUACAAUGUCAGGACACAAGGAGUUUCACCAGCAGGAAUUGCUGUGCUUGAUGCUCAAGGAUAUGCCGCGGUCCUGACGGUAGAAGCCAGUGAUGAACCACACGGAGUUUUAAACUUUGCUCUUUCAUCAAGAUUUGUUGUGCUCCAAGAGGCUAACAUAACAAUUCAGCUUUUCAUCAACAGAGAAUUCGGAUCUCUAGGAGCCAUUAAUGUCACAUACACCACCGUUCCUGGAAUGUUGAGUGUAAAAAACCAAACAGAAGGAAACCUAGCUGAGCCAGAUGUUGACUUUGUUCCGGUUGUUGGCUUUCUGAUUUUAAAAGAAGGGGAAACAGCAGCAGCCGUCAACGUAACUAUACUUGAGGACGAUAUACCAGAACUAGAAGAAUAUUUCCUCGUGAACUUAACUUAUGUUGAACUUAUCACGGCUCCUUUGACUUCAUUUCCUCCUAGACUAGAUUCAGAGGGACUGACUGCACAAAUUAUUAUUGAUGCCAAUGAUGGUGCUCGAGGCAUAAUCGAAUGGCAAUAUAACAGGUUUGAAGUAAAUGAAACUCAAGGAAGUUUAACAUUGAUAGCCCAGAGGAGCAAAGGGGCUCUUGGCCAAGUUUCCUUAUUUGUGUAUGCCCAGAGUUUGGAAGCACAGCUGGGACUGGAUUACAACUUUACCCCAAGGAUUCUUCAUUUUGCUGAUGGAAAUAGAUACAAAAAUGUUGACAUCAUGAUUCUUGAUGAUGACAUUCCAGAAGGAGAUGAAAAAUUUCAGCUGAUUUUAACAAAUCCGUCUCCUGGAUUAGAGCUGGGAGAAAACACAAUAGCCUUAAUUACAAUCCUUGCUAAUGAUGAUGGCCCUGGAGUUCUAUCAUUUAACAACAGCGAGCACUUUUUCUUAAGAGAACCUACAGCUCUCUAUGUACAGGAGAGUGUUGCAGUAUUGUAUGUUGUUCGGGAACCUGCCCAAGGACUGUUUGGAACUGUGACAGUUCAGUUCAUUGUGACUGGAGUGAAUUCUUCAGUGGAGUCUAAAGAUCUGACUCCUUCCAAAGGCUAUAUUGUUUUAGAGGAAGGUGUUCGAUUCAAGGUACAAGCCGCCUCUGUAGACAUCGAAGAAGCCAACAGGACUGUCUAUUUAAAUGUAUCACGUACUAAUGGCAUUGAUUUAGCUGUGAGUGUGGAGUGGGAGACAAUAUCUGAAACAGCCUUUGGCAUGAAGGGAGAGGGCAUCAGUUUUGCUAUUUUCUCAUUUAUGAAAUGCAUUGUCAUGGNGUCAGCUUCUGGCUGGUGUUUCUUUACUUUGGAAGAUUCAGUAUAUGGUGUAAUGUUAAGAAAAUUGUCUUCUACUGUUUACCGAUGGCAAGGGGUUUUUAUUCCACUUGAGGAUUUAAGUAUAGAAAAUCCUAAAACUUGUGAGGCCUUUAAUAUUGGUCUUUCUCCCUACUUUGUGAUAACUCAUGAAGAAAGAAAUGAAGAAAAGCCUUCUGUUAAUAGUGUGUAUACAUUCACAUCUGGACUCAAAUUAUUGCUGGUACAAACAAUCAUUAUUUCAGAAAGUUCUCAAGUGAGAUAUUUUACUUCAGAUAGUCAAGAUUAUUUAAUUGUUGCAAGUCAAAGAGAUGAUUCUGAAUCAACUCAGUGGAUUGUGGUCCACAUACUUCUUAUUGGCCAAGCUGUGUCUGCUCUUUACUGCUGGAAUUCAGAGCUGAAUCAGUUCUCUUUUAUUCUGGAAGCACCUUCUGCUCACGAUGCAGCUUCAAUUUCAUUUUCUGAAGGUCAAGCACUGUCUACCAUCACUCUGACUAUUCUUGCUGAUGAUGUACCAGAAUUACCAGAGGUUGUGAUCAUAACACUCAUCCAUGUUACUACAGAAGGGGUUGAGGACACAUCAAAAGGUGCUGCUAUUGAUCAGAAAAGAAACAAGUCUGUGAUAACCACUCUGCCCAGUGAUGCACCUUAUGGUUUGGUGGGCUGGCAUGCUGAGUCUCUCUUCCUUAGAGUAGCAGAGCCUCAAGUCAACAUCAGCAACGUGUACCUGGUGAACUCUGACUUCUCUCCAGGACAGCCAAGUGUGCGGAGGCCUGGGAUGGAAAUAGUUGAGAUAAUGAUCGAAGAAAACGAUGAUCCCAGAGGAAUUUUUAAGUUUCAUGUUACCAGGGAUGCCGAUGGAGUUAUUACUGCUUAUGAGAUGCCACCACCCCUGAACAUUCUUCGAGUUCCUGUAGUCCGGCUGGCUGGAAGCUUUGGAGCAGUAAAUGUUCAUUGGAAAGCAACACUGGACAGUGCUGGCCUGCAAGAUUUUAAGCCAUCUCAUGGGAUUCUGGAAUUUGCAGAUAGACAAGUUACUGCGAUGAUAGAAAUCACCAUAAUUGAUGAUGCUGAUUUUGAACUAAGGGAGACAUUCAGUAUUUCCUUAAUCAGAGUGACCGGAGGUGGCAGACUUGGUGAUGAUGUUGUGGUCACUGUUGUUAUUCCACAAAAUGAUUCUCCAUUUGGAGUAUUUGGAUUUGAAGAAAAGACUGUAAUGAUUGAUGACUCCCUUUUGUCUGAUGACCCUGAUUCAUAUGUGACAUUGACAGUUGUCCGGUCCCCAGGAGGAAAAGGAGCUGUCCAACUGCAGUGGACCGUAGAUGAGACAGCUAAAGAUGAUCUCAGUCCUCUGAGUGGGACACUUCAUUUUGAUGAGACUGAGUCCCAGAAGACCAUUGUAUUGCAUACACUUCAAGACUCUGUGUUGGAGGAGUACAGGCGUUUCACCAUUCAGCUGAUAUCAGUUGAUGAGGCAGAAAUAUCUCCAAUAAAAGGUAGCGCAUCAAUAAUCAUUCGGGGAGAUAAGGGAGGAGAAGUUGGAAUAGCACCAUCCUCCAGGCAUGUCCUCAUUGGGGAACCCUCAGCAAAAUACAAUGGCACAGCUAUCAUCAGCCUGGUUCGUGGCCCAGCAAUCUGGGGUGAGGUCAUAGUGCACUGGAGGAUAUUCCCGCCAUCCAUGGGGGAGUUUGCUGAAACAUCAGGAAAACUGACAAUGCGAGAUGGACAGUCUGCAGCAAUUGUAGUGAUACAGGCUUUGAAUGAUGACAUUCCUGAGGAAAAGUCUUUCUACGAGUUUCAGCUCACUGGGAUCAGCGAUGGGGGAAUACUGAGUGAAUCGAGCAGCACCGCCAAUAUCACAGUGGUGGCCAGUGACUUUCCCUAUGGCCAAUUCGCCUUUUCACAUGAGCAACUUCGAGUGACAGAGGAGGCACAAAAGGUGAACGUCACCGUCAUCCGUUCGGGUGGCUCUUUGGGCCCCGUGAGACUCUGGUAUGAGACCGUGAGUGGGACCGCCGAGGCGGGCUGGGAUUUUAUCCCUGCACCUGGGGAGCUCGUCUUUGAAGCACAGGAGAUGGCGAAAAGUGUGCAGAUUGAAAUUCUUGAUGAUAGCCUUCCUGAAGGCCCUGAGGAAUUCUCUGUAGUGAUUACAAAAGUGGAACUCCUUGGAAGAGGGUAUGAUUUCACCAUCCAAGAAAAUGGACUUCAGAUAGAUCAGCCUCCUGAAAUAGGAAACAUCUCCAUUGUCCGAAUCAUAAUAAUGAAAAAUGAUAAUGCAGAGGGCAUCAUUGAAUUUGACCCAAGGUAUACUGCCUUCGAAGUGGAGGAAGAUGUCGGGAUGAUCGUGAUUCCAGUGCUGAGGCUGCGCGGGACGUAUGGCCACGUGACAGCAGACUUCAUCUCUCAGAGCUCCUCUGCAGUUCUUGACGGCGUCGAUUACAUACUGCAUGGUAGUGCAGUCACGUUUCAGCAUGGGCAGAACUUAAGUUUUAUAAAUGUCUCCAUCAUUGAUGACAAUGAAAGUGAAUUUGAGGAGCCCUUUGAAAUUCUGCUAGUUGGAGCGACUGGUGGAGCAGUGCUUGGGCGCCACCUAGUGAGCAGAAUCACAAUUGCCAGGAGUGACUCUCACUCUGGCGUUGUAAGAUUUCUCAAUCAAAGCAAAAUUUCUGUUCCUAACCCCAAUUCCACACUGAUUUUACCCUUGGUGCUGGAGCGAACUGGAGGACUCCUGGGAGAGAUUCAGGUGAACUGGGAGAUAGUAGGACCCAAUUCUCAGGAAGCCUUACCACAACAGAACAGAGACAUUGCAGACCCAGUGAGUGGGUCCUUCUAUUUUGGCGAGGGAGAAGGUGGAGUGAGAACCAUAAUUCUGACAAUCUACCCUCAUGAAGAAAUUGAAGUCGAAGAGACUUUCAUUAUUAAACUUAAACUUGUGAAAGGAGAAGCUAAAUUAGACUCCAGAGCCAAAGAUGUUAUGUUAACAAUACAAAAGUUUGGUGACCCCAAUGGAGUGGUUCAGUUUGCUCCAGAAUCUUUAUCUGUGAAGACCUAUUUAGAGCCAUCGGCUCUGGAAGGACCCCUGAUCAUUACUUUCUUUGUCAAAAGAGACAAGGGCGUUGUUGGAAAGAUUACGGUUUACUGGGAAAUAAGCAGUGAGUUUGAUAUUACUGGAGACUUUCUUUCUACAAAAGGAUUUUUCACCAUUGCUGAUGGAGAGAGGGAAGUGAGCUUUGAUAUUUAUUUGCUACCAGAUGAUAUACCCGAAAUAGAGGAAGAUUAUGUCAUCCAGCUGGUUUCUGUAGCGGGAGGAGCAGAACUGGAUCCGGAAAAAUGCUUCACAUGGUUCUCUGUUUCUGCAAAUGAUGACCCACAUGGUGUGUUUGCUCUGUAUGCAGAUCGUCAGUCAGUACUGAUUGGGCAGAACCUUAGUAGAUUCAUCCAAAUUAAUGUAACUCGGCUUGCUGGAACUUUUGGAGAUGUGGCUGUUGACUAUCGAAUAUCAUCUGAUCAUGAGGAGCAGUCGGUUGUUACUGAAAAUGCAGAGAGGCAGAUGGUGGUCAGAGGUGGUGCCACAUAUAAAGUGGACACUGUGCCAAUAAAGAGUCAGGUCUUCCUAGCACUGGGCUCUACUGUCACCUUGCAGCUGGUGACUGUGAUGCUUGUUGGUGGACAUUUCUAUGACAUGCCAAAAAUUCUCCAGGAAGCAAAAUCUGCUGUCCUCCCUGUCCCUGAGAAAGCGGCCAAUUCUCAGGUUGGAUUUGAGUCCACUGCUUUUUCACUCACGGAUGUCACUGCUGGAACCAGCCAAGUUGUGAUUUCCAGGCGAGGCACAUAUGGCGCGCUCAUGGUUGCCUGGGUGGCUGGAUAUGCCCCUGGGUUAGAAGUCCCCGAAUUCAUGGUUGUUGGCAACAUGACCCCACAACUGGGGAGCGUUUCAUUUUCCCAUGGAGAACAAAGUAAAAGGGUCUCGCUGUGGACAUUUCCCAGCCCUGGCCAGCCAGAGGCCUUUGUCAUUCACCUCUCAGGAGUGCAGAGCAGAGCUGCUGGUGGGGCUCAGCUUCGAUCAGGUUUCACCGUUGCUGAAAUUGAACCAAUGGGAGUCUUUCAAUUUUCCCCUAGCUCAAGAAACAUCAUAGUGUCAGAGGAUACACAGAUGAUCAGAUUACAUGUACAAAGACUCUUUGGGUUUCAUGGCAAUCUUAUUAAAGUUUCCUAUCAGACAACUGCAGGAAGUGCCAAGCCACUGGAAGAUUUUGAGCCUGUUCAGAAUGGGGAACUGCUUUUUCAAAAAUUCCAAGCUGAGGUUAAUUUUGAAAUAAUCAUUAUUAAUGAUCAGCUUCCUGAAAUAGAAGAAUUUUUUUAUAUUAACCUAACUUCAGUAGAAAUUCAAGGAUUACAAAAGUUUACGAAAGCUAAUUGGAGACCACGCCUGAAUCCAGAUUUCAGUGUGGCAGUGAUCACAAUAUUGGAUAAUGAUGACCUGUCAGGAAUGGAUGUUUCUGUCCCCAUGACAACUGUAGCUAUAGCAGUUGACACGGCUCUCAUUCCCAUGGAAACUGACUCCUCCAUUACACACCCUGACACAACCAAGAUAACUGCCAUUCCACAGCCAACUGAAAUGGUUGCCAUUAUUACUGAGGCAACUGGUACAUCUGCCAUCCCUGACAAGCAUGUCACCCUUCCUGGUACACCUGCCAUGUCUGAUGUGGUCACUGUAAGUGCAAAUGUUUCCAUUCAUGGGAUAUUUAGUCUUGGACCACCCAUUGUUUAUGUUGAAGAGGAGAUGAAAAAUGGUACAUUUAACAUUGCAGAAGUUCUUAUCCGAAGGACUGGUGGGUCUGCUAGUAAUGCCAGUGUGACCAUUAAAACGUUUGGUGAAAGAUCUGCUCAGAAGGAACCAAAUGCAUUGCCUUUUCAUGAUAUUUAUGACAUUUCUAACCUAACAUGGGCAACUGAAGAAGAUGACUUUGAAGAACAAACUCUUCUCCUUACAUUUGUAGAUGGAGAAAGAGAACGUAAAGUAUUUGUUCCAAUUUUGGAUGACGAGGAGCCCGAGGGGCAGGAAUUCUUCUAUGUGUUUCUCGCAGACCCUCAGGGAGGAACACAGAUUGUGAAGGGAAAGGAUGACGCUGGAUUUGCAGCUUUUGCCAUGAUCAUUAUUACAGGAAGUGAUUUGCAAAAUGGCAUCAUAGGAUUCAGUGAGGAGUCCCAGCGUGGACUUGAGCUGGCUGACGGAGCUGAUAAGAACAGACUGCAUCUGAUUGUCACAAGGCAGCCAAACAGGGCCUUUGAAGAUGUCAAGGUCUUCUGGCGAGUCACAUUUAACAAAACAGCCGCCAUGCUCCAGAAGGAUGGUGUGAACUUGAUGGAUGCACUUCUGUCUGUGUCAGGGACCACAACCUGUACAGCAGGUCAAACAAAGUGCUCUGUCCCCAUUGAGCUCAAACCAGGGAAGAUACCUCAAGUUGAAACGCAUUUUUUUGUGGAACUGUAUGAAGUAACUGCUGGAGCAGCAAUAAACAAUAGUGCCAAAUUUGUACAGAUUAAAUUCUUACAGAGUAUUGAACCUCAAAGCCUCAUGUAUUUUUCUGUGGGUUCUCGGCUGCCAGUGUCUCACAAAAAGGCCACUUUAAUCAGUUUGCAGGUGGCCAGAGAUUCUGGGACAGGACUGAUGGUGUCUGUUAACUUCAGUACCCAGGAGUUGAGGAGUGCUGAAACAAUUGGUCGUACGCUCAUAUCUCCAGCUAUCUCUGGGAAGGAUUUUGUGAGAACUGAGGGCACCUUGGUCUUUGAACCUGGCCAGAGGAACACCAUAUUGGAUGUCAUCCUAACCCCAGACACAGGAUCUUUAAAUCCAUUCCCUAAACGUUUCCAGGUUGUGCUUUUUGACCCCAAAGGUGGAGCCAGAAUUGAUAAAGUGUAUGGGACUGCUAACAUUACUAUUGUCUCUGAUGCGGAUGCACAGGCCGUUUGGGGGCUUGCAGAUCAGCUCCAACAGCCCCUGGAUGGUGACAUUCUCAACAGAGUACUCCACAGCAUCAGCAUUAAAGUGGCCACGGAAAGCACAGAUGAACAGCUCAGUGCCGUUAUGCAUUUAAUAGACAAGAUAACUGUUGAAGGAAAAAUUCAAGCAUUCAGUAUUGAAAGCCGAAAUCUUUUCUACGAGAUUCUUUGUUCUCUUAUUAACCCAAAGCGCAAGGACACCAGAGGAUUUAGUCAUUUUACUGAAGUGACUGAGAAUUUUGCCUUUUCUCUGCUGACUGAUGUUACCUGUGGCUCUCCUGGUGAAAAAAGCAAAACCAUCCUUGACAGUUGCCCAUAUUUGUCAAUACUGGCUCUUCACUGGUAUCCUCAGCAAAUCAAUGGGCACAAGUUUGAAGGAAAGGAAGGUGAUUAUAUUCAAGUUCCUGAGAGGUUAUUGGAUGUCCCGGAUGCAGAAAUAACGUCUGGGGAAAGUACAUGUGAAUUAGUCCAGUUUACAGAAUAUAGCAGCCAGCAGUGGCAUAUAAAUGGAAACAACCUUCCUGCCCUGAAAAAUAAGGUAUUAUCUUUGAGUAUGAAAGGUCAGAGUUCACAACCCCUGACUGACAACAAUGAGGUUCUCUACAGGAUUUAUGCUGCCAAGCCCAGAAUUGUUCCCAAGACAUCUCUGUGUCUCCUUUGGAAUCAGGCUGCUGCAAGCUGGUUGUCUGACAGUCAGUUUUGCAAAGUGGUUGAGGACACUUCACACUACGUGGAAUGCGCCUGUUCAUACAUGUCCGUGUAUGCUGUCUACGCCCAGACUGACAACUUGUCUUCAUACAACGAAGCCUUCUUUUCUUCUGGAUUUAUAUGUAUCUCAGGUCUCUGCCUAGCUGUUCUUUCCCACAUCUUCUGUGCCAGGUAUUCCAUGUUUGCAGCUAAACUUCUGACACACAUGAUGGCAGCCAGCUUAGCUACACAGACGGUGUUUCUGGCAUCUGCGUAUGCAAGUCCCCAACUCACAGAUGAGAGCUGUUCGGCCGUGGCGGCUGUCACACAUUACCUGUAUCUUUGCCAGUUCAGCUGGAUGCUCAUUCAGUCUGUGAAUUUCUGGUACGUACUGGUGAUGAAUGAUGAACACACAGAGAGGCGAUAUCUGCUGUUUUUCCUUCUGAGUUGGGGACUUCCAGCUUUUGUGGUGAUUCUCCUCAUAGUGAUCUUGAGAGGGAUCUAUCAUCAAAGCAUGCCACAAAUCUAUGGACUCAUCCACAGUGACCUGUGCUUCAUCCCAAACAUCUAUGCAGCUCUGUUCACUGCAGCUCUAGUUCCUUUAAUGUGCCUCGUGGUGGUAUUUGUGGUAUUCAUCCAUGCCUACCAAGUGAAGCCACAGUGGAAAGCAUAUGAUGAUGUCUUCAGAGGAAGAACAAAUGCUGCAGAAAUUCCUCUGGUUUUAUAUCUCUUUGCCCUGAUUUCUCUGACAUGGCUUUGGGGAGGCCUUCACAUGGCUUACAGACACUUCUGGAUGUUGGUCCUCUUUGUUAUUUUCAACAGUCUGCAGGGACUUUAUGUUUUUGUGGUCUAUUUCAUUCUACACAACCAGACAUGUUGCCCCAUGAAGGCGAGUUACACAGUGGAAAUGAAUGGGCACCCGGGACCCAGCACAGCCUUCUUCACACCCGGGAGUGGAAUGCCUACUGCUGGAGGGGAAAUCAGCAAGUCCACCCAGAAUCUUAUCAGUGCUAUGGAGGAGGUACCACCUGACUGGGAGAGAGGAUCCUUCCAACAAGCCAGUCAGGCCAGUCCUGACUUAAAGCCAAGUCCACAAAAUGGCACCACGUUUCCUUCUUCUGGAGGAUAUGGCCAGGGGUCACUAAUAGCUGAUGAAGAGUCCCAGGAGUUUGAUGACUUGAUAUUUGCAUUAAAAACUGGUGCUGGUCUCAGUGUCAGUGAUAAUGAAUCUGGUCAAGGCAGCCAGGAGGGAGGCACCUUGACUGACUCCCAGAUUGUAGAACUCAGGAGAAUACCGAUCGCUGACACCCAUCUCUAGCAACUCAGUAAACAUUAGAAUGAGGAUACUUUCAUAUUUGUAUUGGCUCUGUGCUAAAACUCUAUAAGUACAUGCAGCUGUAUAAUAGGAAACUGUGAAUUGCACUGGAUGAUUAACCCAGAAGUGAUUGUUGUGUUGGAAUAUAAAUUACUUAUCCUUGUGCACCCUGAAAAUUCACUGCUACAAUGAAAGCCUGGGUCAAUUUAUAUCAGUUAAUAGGAUGUACAUAUUCCAGGAAUAUUAGUUGGUUUUUUUAAUCAUCCUACGUGGCUAACAUUGUUUAAUAGAAGUAGUAAUAAUCAAUAAAAACAGUAGAAUCAA